CCGUUGCUUUUAGCGCCGCGAUCCACACAUUCUCACCUUUCAAAGAGAGGAGAUCCAUGGAAUAAUAAAGCAGCCGAUUUCCCUUUCAGCAGCAACCACCACCAUACCUCACCCACUGUGUACAGACCUUUAUCAAUCCUUCCUUCGUCCCUUCGUCCGUGAGUUAGUUAGUCGUCUUGUUACUCAGUAAAUCAAAGCCAAGUAAUCAAGUCAAGUGAAUAUUAUGGACUCGUCGCCUCCUUUGGCUGCCUUGGCGUUGGCCAUUACCACUCAAGAUUGGACGGCCCUGGGUUUGGGCGAUGAUCCCAAUAUCGCGGCCACCUUGGACUUUGAUGUGACCGUGGAACGGUUGACAGCGCUCUUGUUGGUCCGAAUUGUGGCAGUGGUGUCACCGCACGGGAAAUACCGAGAUCUCUCGACGACUACUAUUUGUCGUGAAGCACUCUUGAAGAAUGAAGCGUCCUGGGGAGAUCCCAUUACCGAGACUGUCAUUCAGCAACUGCGAGACUACGUCUCCUCCAUCUUGGCCACUUAUGCUCACCAAGAUCAAACACCCUAUCAUUCGCAAGCCCAUGCCUAUCAUGUCACCAUCAGCAUGAACAAAAUGUUGGAUUUGAUGCUCAAUUCCGAUAUUCAAGGAGAUCGCCUCCAUACUACGUUUGGACUCCGACACGAUCCUCUCAUGCAUUUGGUACUCAUCUUUUCCGCACUCAUUCAUGAUGCCGAACAUCGAGGAAUUCCCAAUCGACAACUCGUCAUUCAAGAUGAUCCACUCGCCAUUCUAUACAAUGAUCAAUCCAUUGCUGAAAAUAGAUCCCUCUUUCUGGGAUUCUCCGAAUUACUCAAAGAGCAAUACAAACCACUACGAGAUGCCAUGUUUGUCUCCACGGAAGAAUACAGACGAUUCCGAAAGGCAUCGGUCAAUCUGAUACUCACUACCGACAUUGCAUCGCCCGAACGAACACAAGUCGGAAAGAGCAAAUGGAAAGAAGCCUUUGGAGAUCCCUUUGAAACCGUCGAACGCAAGGUACGCAACGAAAUGAAACGACGACAAUCCAUGAGCAGUGCCACCAGUCCAGGCAUGCUCAAAUUUGGAAGACGCACGUCCGCUGGUUCCAUGUACUCGGAACUCACCACACCUGAAUUUAGAGAAGGCGAGGCAGAAGAUGGAGAAGAAGUCAGUCCUUCGAUUACACCCGAUUCCUCCUAUAAUGGAGAUGAUUACGAUAGCAUCGAUGACGAUUAUUCACAAGAUGGAAUGAUCGUAUCCAGUAAACCAUUCUCCAAUGUCAUUUCCAGUUCACACUUGAAUUCCAACAAACAGCAACAACAGCACAUAAUGCCACGGAACGAACCCGGUAGCGGAAAAUUGGGAGCGGCACAGCUGGGGUAUGAACCCGAUACACCAUCCAACAAUAUUGAUCUGGAAUACGGUGAUGAUACUAAUCAAAAUAAUAAGGGAGGAUCCAACUCCAGUUUGGGGGGGACCAAUGGCAACCAACAUCCUAUUGCGCCGCCACAACCACAUCAGCACCAGCAUCAUAAUCAUCCACAACAACGAAGUCCCACGGGAAGAGUUACGCCGAUACGAGGCAUGUCGGCAAAAAAUAAAAAGGCACUCCCCAAUCCCAUGGCGUCACUCCGAAAUCAUGGUGGCUCUGAUUUCAAACGAGAAGCCGUACGCAACAUGUCCAUGAGCGAUUUCAAGCGCGACGAACAAGGAUUGCACCAUACCAGUGAACACGUCGUCAUGUCCAAACAAAUGGCCAAAUUUCAACGACGAUUCUCCACAUCGGUCGUACACCAGGGGAAUGCACAACAAAACACCAACAGUAAAAAAUACAAGUAUCGAUUGGGUAUUCUCCGGGCAGUCGAUUUGUCCGGGGAAGCCAUUGAAACUUACUCGAGAGGAUCGGGAACCGGUGCCAUGUCCACGGCGUCGCUCAAGACCCCUUCGGUGCGGUCGCCACCGGGAACCGUCGUCGGUGCCAUUGCCGAUGAAGUGGACGAGUUGAAAGUUACAGUGGUCAUGGAACAACUCAUGACGGCAUGUGAUGUCGCACACAACCUGCAAUCCUGGGAACACAUGGUCAAGUGGUCCAACCAACUCUUUCUAGAGCUCAAAAAGGCACACAAAGAGGGACGAGGUGGGGAUCCAAAGAAUAACUGGUUUGAAAAUCAGAUUGGAUUUUUGGAAAGUUACCUGUUGCCACUGGCACGGCGAUUGGAGGAUACAGGGGUUUUUGGUGAUGUCAUUGGACCUGUUUUUGCACGUAUUGUAGAAGCCAAUCGGGAUAAAUGGCUGACAGAUGGAUUGAGCGUCACAUCUGACAUUAUUUUGGAAGGAGGGAGGAAGUAUCCAGUGGAGGGAGACGUUACUGCAGCGGCGACGUAGAGAUGCCACGCGGACAUUUUUGCUUUGGUGCGAUGGUCGGUUCCAAUUGAACGCAUCUCGCGAUCCUUGCCUACUGGCGGCGUCGCCCUAGCCCAUGUGCUCGCCCGGGGUUUCUCGAAUCCGCGAUCUUCCGCUUCAGCAAGUGCCUGGACAUGCCACGCUGAAAGGAACCUGUCGUAGAACUUAGCUCAUGGGUAGGUGUCUAGCUAGUUCUCGGUCAUGUUACUUGGUAUCGAUAGCAAAGUAGAAAGUUCUCUCGUCGUCGAGUCCAAAUCUCUUUUUUGUUGAAGAAGAGCACACUGCUUCACUUGGUGC